GGGAGCAAGUUCGCGAUGAAUCCUUCGGGCUACUCAAUUUAUAUCAGCAAGACCGCACGAUCAUGGAUGCAUUGGGCACUGAAUUUGUCAACAUAUGCUUCGAGCCGAGGGUGAUGCAUGCCGUUAUCGAGGAGCCUGGUAGCCUCGCGGUAUGGAACACGUUAACCACGAAGUACCCUGGAUGCGAAAUGGUAUGCCCGCCAACCAAGGUUGAUCAUAUAGCUUGUCAAGCCUAUGAGAAUGGACUCAGGGCUGCUGCGCACCAAGCGAUGUCGCCACUAUCGGACAGUGGUCGCUUUGAGGCGCCAAGCCAGAAACAGAGCAAUCCAGGUCCACCUACUUUCUACAGCAAUCGCCCCCGUUCUGACAUGCCAGAUGCUGAGUGCACAUGCACGUGCCUCACCCCCGAAACAAAGUGCAGCUCCUGCAUCUGGAUGACGCUUAACGGUCUCGUCGAAACCAAGAAGCGGGCCAUGACGAGGACGUGCCACGGCAAGCAAUGCUUCGACUGUCGGGCUAUAUUAGAUGGCAGAGAGACCAUUGGUAAAUGCUCUUACUGCUGUGGCCUCGAGAUCAACGAACCAAAUUAGGCCAGGCAGACAAAACAAAAGGCGAGUGUCAAUAAGGACAAUCGGGAGAUCGUUCUAGCAAGGAUUGCAGUAAAGUGGCUGAAGGACGCCGCAUCUAUGUUCAAUCGAAAGGACAGGCGAAACUGCCCAGCGGGAUGAUAUGUGUAUAUCAGAAUGCCAUCGAUAAUGUUCAC